CAGGCAGGAGAGAAAGCAUCAUUUGGGGCGGCGGAAGGCGGGAGUGGAGGAGGAAACAAAGGAGCGGUGACCCGAGGCGGAGAGAAGAACCCCGGAGACGGGAACAGCUGCUGACCUCCGCCUGGCCGAUUCCACAAUGUCUGUCCGUCUGCACGCGCUGCUGACCCUCUGCCUGACCUUCACGCAGGGCGGUUGCACGUACUUCAACAACCACUGGGGAGAAUGGAACGACUCUCAGCUGCAGCCGACGAUCCAGAAGCUGAUGAAAGGCUACAACCGCUACCUCAGACCCAAUUUCAACGGGGGCCCUGUGGAAAUCGGAAUGAGCCUCGACAUCGCCAGCAUCGACGCCGUCUCUGAAAUCAACAUGGUGCACCACUCUUCCCCCUGCGUUUUGUGUCGGUGGGUGGAAAUAAUGAACAAAUGCAAAGUAAAAACAUCUUCUUCACGUCCAUCUGUUUUGCAGGACUACACCGCGACCAUCUUCCUCCGUCAGCGCUGGCGGGACUCGAGGCUCGUGUUCCCCGGCAACGAGAGCGUCAGCGUGGACGGCCGCCUGGUGUCGCUGCUGUGGAUCCCCGACACCUUCAUCCCCGACUCCAAGCGCUCCUUCCUGCACGACGUCACGGUGGAAAACCGUCUCAUACGCAUCUUCAGCAACGGCACCGUUCUCUACGCCCUACGCAUCACGGCUACGAUUGCCUGCAACAUGGACCUGACCAAGUACCCCAUGGACAGACAGGUGUGCACCCUGCAGCUGGAGAGCUGGGGCUACAACCUGCAGGAUGUGGUGUUCUACUGGACCAGAGGGAAUGAUUCAGUGAAGGGUCUCGACAUUCUGCGACUGGCUCAAUACAGCGUGGAGAGCUACUACACGUCAGUGUCUGAGGCCGUCUAUGAGACAGGACAAUACCCCAAGCUGGUGUUGCAUUUUGCUCUGCGAAGAAACGUGCUGUUCUUCAUCCUGGAGACGUACGUUCCCUCCAUCCUGCUGGUAGUUCUCUCCUGGGUCUCUUUCUGGAUCAGCCAGUCGUCCGUUCCAGCGAGGACCUGCAUUGGAGUAACAACGGUCCUGACGAUGACCACACUGAUGAUGGGCGCCCGCACCUCCCUGCCCAACGCCAACUGCUUCAUCAAGGCCAUCGAUGUUUACCUGGGAAUCUGCUUCACCUUCAUCUUCGGGGCGCUGGUGGAGUACGCCUACGCCCACUUCUAUACCGUGAAGCACCACACCAUCGAGGACCUACACAGGGAGCUUCGGAGGGAGCUCAAUGAAUACAACUGGAACGGCUCCAUCCUCAGCUCCACCCAACCCAACCGGUCCGUGGAGACCUUCCCCCCAGCGGAGGAGCCCGCGGAUCGGCAGGCCGACAGCGGGGCGAGGAGCGACGCCGGGGCCGAAGAGCCGGCGUCGUCGGGAGGAGCCGGCGGCCUCCAGUCAGUGAAGGACGCGUCCCGUCGGGUGGCGUCCGUCUUCGUCGUGGAAAACCCGCACGACAUCGAUCGCCGAGCUCGCACAGUCUUCCCCGCGGCAUUCCUCGUCAUCAACGUCCUCUACUGGCUUUACUAUCUCUUUCUGUGAGCGCCGGGUUGCGAGCCGCCGCCGCAGCGUCGUUCGUCUCCCGCAGCUGCUUCGGGUCCUCGGUCGAGACCCGAUAGCAGCCGCCACCGCCGGGAUCUAAACUGAUCAUACAAGCCUUUUAUGUGGGACGAGUAGAAGCCGCUUUGUGGUGCAGACGGGGGCAGAAAGCGGUGCAGUUGAGUUAGGGACGAUUUCUUCUUUGUAACACACUGGUUUCAAACCUAUAAAUUGAUGACAUAAGCAUGGAUGGCUUCUCACAACACACAGACCAAUCGAUACGUCUGUUUAGUCACAACUCCACAGAACACACAAGGGGGAUUUAACUAGCUGUAAACCGAUAGGCUGCCAGUGAACUGCCUUUUUUGACUGGUGUAAAUGUGUAAAUGUUCGGCUGUCACACUUUGCAUGUGUGAAACCAUAUUCUGAGUAUUGAAUUCACAGCAUAUCAUGUGAAAUUAUAGUAGAAAGUCUGUGACGGAGAUAAAGUAAGUCUGUACUGUAACAACUGAUUGAAAGAUCACCUGCGUGAGAAUAAGACACAUUUAUUAUUCCCAGGUAGGAGAACAGUAAAGUGCACAAGACAUCCACAGGUUGGGAAGAAGGAGUUGAUAAAAGUUACACAGCAGAAAUAUUUUUUUUCAAUUUGUACCAGAAAGAGUCAAUUGGAUGUAGGAUUGUACAGCAGUUGUUUCUUUUACAUCGUAGCAGAGCGUCAACCUGAGCGGAGAAGCCAAUAAGUGCUGUCAAAAGAAAUGAUAACACAUGGCACAUAACUGAAGGUUAGUGAUGAUGAGUAACGGACAUUAACAAGUAUAAAACACAGUAACAGUAGUCUUUGUACAGGCAGAAAAAAACAUGCUAUAUAAAAAAGGCACAUCUUUGCUUGAACUACCGCCAUCCAACACUUCACUUAUAGCGCCUCAACGUGAUUAAUUAAACAUUUCAUUGUAGGACAAUAUGCACUUCGCUUUAGAAAACCUUUCUUUCUUGUGUCUUUCUCACAUAAAACUUUCCUUUUUGUCUUUUCGCCACAUUUGAAUAAGUGUCCCCAGAGACAGAGGAGAUCCUUGGCUCCAGCGAGCAGGCCGUCCUCCCAUCCAGAGAGGUCCUUUUAGGAAGUCACAUGAGUAAAUAUUCAGUGAGUUGUACCUCCACCUAGUGGCUGAUUUCUUUCAUUACGGUUGUUUUCCUGGGUAGAAGUCUGUGCUGUCCUCUUUGAUAUCCAUUCAUUCUUUCUUUUUCCCGUCCUCUUCACGAUGCUGCUCUUAGGUCUUUUUCUUCGACUCCCAUUCCUGUGAAGAAUGGGAUUUGGUAUUUGUAAGUGAUUCGUCUUUAAUGAGUACUGAAUAAAACAAUUUGUGUGAUGCCACUGUAACAAAGA